GGUUGCUAUGUCGACGGUGUUGCUGCUAGUCUCGAAAGGCAAUCACCGCUUCUGUGGAAAAACUCUGUCGACCGGAAAGACACCUCCCCGCGAUGGGUGGUGGCAGUUGUUGUUUGUAAAUGGUGCUUUCGAAUAUGGGAAUAGUGACAAAAAAACAUUUAAAAUGCUACAGAGACUGAAGAUGGUGAGUAAAGAUUGGUGUAACGUUUCUAACGUUUAAAACAAAACUAUUUGACUUGUGCAGCUUAAUGUACCUCUUACAGGUUGUUUUGGUAUAUUCUUGUUUUUUCUUCUUCUAGAUAUCACCAUGAAGCACAUGGGAUAAACUGCAUAAUGGCGACAUUAAAAGAAGUGGAUCACAUAGUUGUGAAUGGAUCAGAAGAGGAGCUUCCAACACAGGAGGAAGCAGUUGAGGAGCAGACACCAGAGAGGAGACAUGUUGAUGUCCUUCUAGAUAUUAGUGAGGAGGACUUCAUGAAAGAACUGGAGCCACAUGAGUAUAAUUGUUACUCUGGUUGGGAAGAGGCAGUUCAUGGUUGGGCCAGAGUUGCUCCACUGAGCUGCACACUUUCGACUCAGAAGAGGUACAACAAAACAAAGCAUGCUGACAACCCAAGGCCCUUGACUGUUGACCCAACGAUCCUCGAUGCUAACAGCUCAACCAGCAUUGCAGAGCGCCGCUGUGAGUCUCAUGUGGGUCUGCAUAACAGCUUCAAGAAACCCAUCCCAUUAAACCAGCACACGGGAUCCUGGGGUAACACUGUUGUGGAAGCUCUGCAGAAAGAUGGUUCAGAAUGGUCUGUCCUCAAUCCUUUGCAGAAAACCACCUCAAAACUUCCGCUCAAAGAAAAGAUAGAGAAGGAAGGGACGCUCAGGGACACGUGUUCGCAGCCUCACCAUCUCCCCUCGAAAUACUCGAACAACGGAGCCACUAAGCCUCAGAAACAAAGGUAUAGACCCAAUAAUACGGUGGUUCCUGUUAAAAACAUCACAUAUUUGCCACCAAUUAUAUCAAUACCCCCGAUUCCUCAGACAGUCAGUGGCCAGCUCUGCAGUGGCAGGAAGGCUCAAGAAGAAGAAACCAUAGAGGAAAACUGCUUCGUCUUGGAUGCGAGGAGCGGGACGAGAGGAGCUAGAGUGGCCAUACUGCUAACCCAGAGCCUCCCUCUGCAGUCCUGACCGCCAAGCACCAGACAUGUCAGCACAACCCCCACUUGUUCUCCGCUGUGAGUGUUUCUAUACCCAAGAGGUAUCAAGUAUCUAUGUCUUCCAAACCUGACACUAGCUACUCAACGGCCGAGAGCCUCACGUGGGCCCUCCCCUCCAGCACUGCAUCAGACGCACAAGCCCAUUCGUACCCAAGCAAGACUGUGUGUAUGUAGUAUGCGAUCAUUUGAAAUGCUCAGGUUCAACAAAGUACAAACACCUUUUAUCUUGUUUUUUUUCAUAAUGAAUGCCUCAGACUCACCACAUUUGACAAUAUUUCCAUUAAAUUAGUUGGAAGAAUAAAUCAAGGUGAGACAAGUUCAUAAGAGUAACUAAUCGCAGAGGUAAUUCCUUUGGCAUAUUUCAGAACAUACUACCCACAACAGUCGAGUGAACAGAUUAAAUGUGAAGCUAUUCGUGUCAUUUGUGCCUUUUUGUUUUGUUCGGACCAGUUCCCACAAGUGCCUUUUCAGCUGUUCUAGUUACCUAGCAACGGUGCAGCUACCUCAUCAGAAGUAUAGCAGUGCACCUGCUUCACACUUCCUUCUAUUUAAAACAUCAGCCCCAAGCUACAGAUCUGUCACAACUAAAGCGUUGCAGUGUAGCCUGUGACCAUACGUGAUGACACAAUGGGUUGCCAAACUACUGCAUCUGCUCUGUCAAAUGUAACUGUGUACAAGUGAGUGAUUCCUGAUGAUUGUGGAUGGAUUCUCAGGGUUAUCAGUGCAGCAUUAUGCGGACGUCCUUCAUGUCGGUAUCCAAAGGCCAGCCAACAUUAUUUACAACUCGUAUGAUCUGGUUACAUUGCUUUAUUGUUCUACCUCUGUUUAACUGCCCGGAGUAAAUUAUCCACUUAGUGGGAUUGUUCUAUAUUCAAAAGAGCUGUCGUGUAAACCUAAAUAGACAAAACUUCAGUCUUACCUGAAUGUGCAUGUAGAAUGAAAUGGUCCCUUAACACAUACAGUAUGUAAAGAGUUGCUAUAUUCAGCACAAGCCAGGACCCAGCAUGUCUAUAUUCAGUAAGAUGCCGCUGCAUCAAAGUGAAAAGAUAAAAGACAAGAUAUGAUUCAUGUUGUUCUAUAAUGAAAUGUACAGAAAAAAGGGUCUGCACAAUUAAAUCUCAUUAAUUUAGCUCCGUUUAUAUGUUUACUACAGGAGAACUAAAUGUAUUACAUAUUGAAGAAAGCAUCACCAAAACAUCUGUGCAAUUUAUUCCACUGUGCUGAACUGAGAGCUCAAUUAAAGGAUCAAGCUGACUAAUUUAAGUGCGUCUUUUUUUUGUAUCGUUUCUCUUCCACCUUUGUUCUAAUGUAAGUGACAAGGAGCACAAUAUACACUUUCCAGCAGUUUAUUAACAACAUCUGUAGUGUAGCUUCAACAAUUAAUCAAGGCAACCAUCAACUCUACACACAUAGGCAACAAACUCAAAUUAUGCUGAAACAAAUAUUUUGUGCUGGGAAAAUAUCUGCAUGCACUCCCUACAAAGAGAAAAUAAAGCACUGGCAUUGACACUUGAGACUGACUUCUACAUAGCUCUGCUGAAAGCAAAUCAAACCCCUGAGCCGCUCAGCCAGCAGGGAGACGCUGUGGAGAUGGCAAAGUCCUUAUUAUAACAGGGAAAUGAUCCUUCAACUGUUGGGACAUGAUGCGGGUUAAACUUGGGCAGUGUCAUGUUCUGUACAUCCUUCAGUUUGUA